AUGGCUGAAGCCGGAAGCACUUGGCUGCUGCCACGGCCAGGAAAUCUGUGGCCUCCGCAGCAACGCGCAAGUCGGUGGCAGAACUGGCUGAAGCGCGGAAAUCAUUGGUCGAGGCGGCAAAUGCAGGUGAUGCAGAUGUACGGUCCCGAUGAGGAAGCUGCUGACAUCAAGGUAAACAGAACAAGUCUCAGUGGAUGGUACGCGGAUGAGAAGGGAAAGCCGGACAACGAAGCAGCGGCGGCUCGUGAACGGUCUCUGUCAAGCUGGUACGCUUCCGAGGAAGAACGGCGUGUUUCUGUGGAUCCUGCCAAAGUUGUUAGCUUGAAAGAGGACAGUGGAGGAGAAGUCACUGUUCCCUCGGCCGUGGCCCACAACUUGACAGAAGAAGCAAGCGCAGCUGGCGAAAGCGAGGCUGUGGACACUGGUUUCAGCAGCGACAAGCUGCAAAAGUUGUCCAAUCCGCACGUGGGCGCGCUCCUCGUAGCGCGCGACAACAUUCCCAGGUUGGAGAGCGUUUUCAAGAUUGACCUCCAUGUAGAUGACAGAUUGGUCGCGCAGCCCACCAUGUACAGCGUGCAGGUUAGCGAGAACGAACACGUGAAUUUACUGAAGGUGCCAGACGAGAAGGGUGGAGCAGCAAGAUAUUUGAGCCAUUUGGAGGAUCCGAAUCUGGUCGCCACCAUCACGGACUGCCUGAUUUUCCGUGCCAGGCGCGACAUCCUUGCAGGAGAGGAACUCGGCUUCCACUACUGCACAACGGAGUGGGCCAUGACCAGUCCUUUUGUUUGCGCCCAUGGCGGUGCCAGAAUUCAGGGCUAUGCGCAUCUGGAUCAAGAAGCUCGUCUCCAUUUGCAGCGACAAGGACUUCUUUCAGCACAUGUGGAACGCUUGGCCAGGAACAUGUGA